UUUUCUUCAGGUUUGGGAACUUGAACUAUUCACGAUUCAUGUGAUAUUGGUAAAUAUCAACCUUAAAGCCUUAGCUUUUAGUGCCACAGUUCGAAAUAACCUGGAAUCCGCUUUGGGGUAAUUUCAAGAAAACGCCAUCAAACCAAAUCUGUCAAUAUCAACAAAGCCGCUUUCUAUGGUUUCUCCCAUAUAAUCCAAACUCCUUGGUGGGGUUCUGGAAGGAGUGAUAUCCAUGCAUCGCGCUGCCGCCACAAGGCGUGUGUUCGCCUAUUCGAAGUGGCCCCAAAAUAGUGUACAAUUCAGACAUUUUCAUCUGACUCGCCAAUCACUUACAUCUUCCGUGGCUUUUUUAAAAUCUCAUCCUCGUAAUCUAGGCUGCCAUCAGGAUCUGGUUCAUCGCCGUGUUCCUCCAAAACCAGACGAUACAGUCUACGCGCUGUCAACGGCUGAGGGCAAAGCUGGCAUUGCGGUGAUACGUGUUUCUGGUCCCUCGUGCAGAUCUAUUUACCAUGCACUCUGUCCGAGCAAGCCCUCGUUAAAGCCACGGUAUGCUACCAUUAGGUCAUUAUAUCAUCCAAAGUCAAGUGGAUCGGAAGUGCUUGAUGCAGAAGCGUUAGUCCUCUUCUUUCCAGGACCGAGGACCGUUACCGGUGAUGAUGUAUUAGAGCUGCAUGUGCAUGGCGGGAGUGCAACUGUGAAGGCUGUUCUUUCAGCCAUCCCUCAAUGUCUCGGAGAGGGUCCCAUCCGCUAUGCGGAACCGGGAGAAUUCACCAAGCGCGCUUUUUUCAAUAAUCGACUUGACUUGGCUCAAGUUGAGGCAUUGAGUGAGACCCUCUCGGCCGAAACAGAGCAGCAGCGCCGUGCUGCGGUUCGUGGUAGCAGUGGCUCUUUGGGUCGCACUUACGAUGACUGGCGCCAGAAGCUCUUGCGAGCUCGUGCUGAGAUGGAAGCUCUCAUCGACUUUUCAGAAGACCAGCAUUUCGACGAGUCGCCUACUUCUUUUGUUAGCAAUAUAACCAAGGAGGUGAGAGAGAUCCUCCAGGGCAUACACAUCCAUGAAAGGGCGAGCGAGCGAAGCGAACUUCUUCGAAAUGGAAUAAAAAUUGCGCUUGUGGGGCCACCGAAUGUUGGCAAGAGCUCGUUCAUGAACCAGGUAGUCGGCAGGGAGGCGUCGAUCGUUUCUGGGGAGUCUGGGACUACUCGAGAUAUCAUUGAAGCAAAUCUCGAUAUCCGUGGGUAUCUCUGCACCUUUGCAGAUACGGCCGGGUUUAGAGCUGCGCCGGAGAAGGAUUUUACGGGUUCUGCUCGGCCCGAGUCCAAACUUGGGGCUAUAGAGGAAGAGGGAAUCCGUCGAGCGAGGGUCAAAGCCACUCAAUCCGACGUCAUCGUCGUACUCACCUCCAUAGAAACCGGUGUCCUUGGCCAACCUCAGAUAUGCUAUGAUUUGGAAACUCUGCGACUGGCAGCUAAUUGCAAGGAGCGCAUUGUAGUUGUCAAUAAACGAGAUGCAGUUUCUGGGGACGAGCUGCGCACCCUCAUUCAGAGAUUCACUGAAGAUGUGCUGAGUCAGAUUGAAGGGCUCCAGACCGCUCGACCGGUACUCAUUUCUUGUAAAGAGGCGCAAGAUCUAAGUUCUGACCAGGUGGAUCCAGGGGGCCUCAGGGGAGUCAUCGAACGAUUGGUGUUUUCGUUUACGAACAUGACCUCGCUGCCUGCCGCCAUGCAAGAGCUCCACGGGGUUACCGAACGUCAGAGACAGCUUCUAGUAAAAUGUAGAGGGCAUCUCGAAGCUUACCUUGAGAGCGUGGGGUCUCCCGAUCUGGAGGGGGGUAACGGUCUGGAUGACGAGUUACAGAAAGAUGAUGCUGAUAUUACCAUGGCCGCCGAGCAUCUCCGAUACGCUGCGAAUUACCUGGGUCGGAUUACUGGGCGCGGGGAGGUUGGCGAUGUGGAGGAGAUCCUAGGUGUGAUUUUCGAAAAGUAAGUCUCGAUCGCCCCCCCCUUCACGUUCGACACAAGCAAUUGACUCAGUUCCAGAUUCUGUGUAG